AUGGAGUUGGAAGUUGGAGAUGGGAUCGAUACCCCACCACGAUCGCUAGCUGAAAAGUUUGAGAAAACCGUAAGAAUAGAAGAAGAAGAACCAACAUCAAAAGAAGAAGAAGAAGAAGAAGAAGAAGAAUCAUCAUCAGAAGAACAACCACAACAAAAACAAAAACGAGUACCACGCAAAAACAAUCCCUCCUCUGUAAUCUGGGUUGAGCAAGAAGAACGACCCGAGUAUACCUAUCAACAACUCUGCUUUGAGAUAACCGACGAGGUGGCCAAGGAUUUCAUCCACCAAGUCCACGAGAAUCGGUUUGGCGAGUUUCCGUGGCCACCUGAUCUUAAUUGCCCACUGUACCAAUUUGGGUAUAUUUCUCGGUUCACAAUAGAGUUGAAGCCUGAAGAUGUGGAAUCUAUGGUGGCGAAGUAUUCGAUAAAAUCGACGCCUGAAGAAGUGAAACGUGCUAAGCGAUUUCUAGAGCAACUCCGGAGCAGCUGGGGUUAUGAUCUCGAUUGCAUUCCUCCUCGUUGGUUGGGCUGUGCAAGCUGCAGCAACGUGCUAGUCCAGAGGAAGCAGCUCAGGCAAAGGCAAAGGAAGCAGCUUAGGCAAAGGAGGCAAAGGAAGCAGCUAAGGCAAAGGAAGCAGCUCGACAUAGGCAAAAAUGACAUGAUGUUGGAGCUUAAGAGCCUGGAGAACGCUGUGAGGGGCCUCUUCAGCGUGUAUCUUGUGAGCUUUACGGUGAAGACUGUUUUGGGAGAUGCCAUAAAAAAAGUGAGGGCAACGGUUGGGUUUGCGCCGUCAGCUCCAGCUCCCAUGCUGAUGGAGUGCAAGCUUGUGCCGUAGUUGACUUUCCUCCUCCUCCUACUACUACUAUUACUCGAUGACUCCAUUUGGCAUUUUUAAUUUUUCUGGCUUUUGUGCACCUUUUUAUUUUGUUUGGUUCCCAGACUGUUUGACUCCAUCUUCGUGUGGUUGUAUUUAUUUUUAUUUGACAAGAUCAUCAUCUCAUAUGUAUUGCUGGUUAGGGUGUGCUGAAUUUUCUCUCUGAUUGAACUUAUGAGUAGUGGGAAUUUGCACCUGACUGAAUAUAGAAGAUUCCUACAUGAUAUAAGUUCGACUGCUACCAUGGAUAUCUCCCCGGACCUGUGGUAUAAGCAUUUAUUAGGAACUACCAAUUUUUCCUGAAAAAUAAAACAAAUGAAAGUACGUUAGUUUUGGAUUAAUUAGUGUUCUUCACCCCUUCAGAUGUAUGGUGUGCGCAGUGAAAGUCUUCCUCUUGAUUUCUGCAUCUAGAAAAUAGCCAAACAACUGACUCAAAAAGUUAUAGAGCUGAUUCUAAUGGGAGACCAAACCCGAAGGUUGUCUAGAAACCACACUACUAAAGAUUAAAGAACUCACACACCAAAAAUGCCAAACUCCUGUCGGAGUAUACUGUAGAUGCUCGGCUUUGU